UAACGACGUGCUCCUUGACUAAUAUCUAAACCCUAUAAGAGGCAAUUAGUCGCUCAUUUGCUUAUGAUAAGUUGGCCUGGGUGCGGUUUGUGCAGUGCUCCAGCCGCGCCUUUUCCUGUCACGGCUCAACGGCCGUGCGUAAAGACGGCGGGUCAGCUGACAGCUAGCAGGACAGCAGGGAAAAGAAGAGAAGCUUUGCGGGUGAAUGAGGUGGGAAUACGCUGGACACUCGAGGCGGACUCGGGCGCAAAGCAGUGGCGGCUUUCGUGAGAUAAUUGGGGAGGAGUUUGGUUUCAUCAUGGCACGCUGGGAGUGAGAAGCAGCCACAAUGAUCGGAGGACUGUUCAUCUACAACCACAAGGGGGAGGUCCUCAUCUCCCGUGUCUACCGAGAUGACAUAGGAAAUAGGCGUAAUGCUGUGGAUGCGUUCCGUGUGAACGUGAUCCACGCCCGGCAGCAGGUUCGGUCCCCGGUGACCAACAUUGCCCGAACCAGCUUCUUCCAUGUCAAGCGCUCCAACAUCUGGUUGGCAGCCGUCACCAAGCAGAAUGUCAACGCCGCCAUGGUGUUUGAGUUCCUUUACAAAAUGUGUGAUGUGAUGACGGCAUACUUUGGCAAAAUCAGUGAGGAGAACAUCAAGAACAACUUCGUGCUCAUCUAUGAGCUGCUGGAUGAGAUCCUGGACUUUGGCUACCCCCAGAAUUCAGAGACAGGUGCCCUGAAGACCUUCAUCACCCAGCAGGGCAUCAAGGGACAGCAUCAGACAAAAGAAGAGCAGUCUCAGAUCACCAGCCAGGUGACGGGGCAGAUCGGCUGGCGGCGUGAGGGCAUCAAGUAUCGCCGCAACGAGCUCUUCCUGGAUGUACUGGAAAGCGUUAAUCUACUCAUGUCGCCUCAAGGUCAAGUCCUAAGUGCACACGUGUCAGGCCGAGUUGUGAUGAAGAGCUACCUGAGCGGAAUGCCUGAGUGCAAGUUUGGCAUGAACGAUAAGAUUGUUAUCGACAAACAAGGGAAGGGUGGAGCGUCCGAUGAUGCAGGAAAGAGUGAUUUAGGGGGAGGAAGUGGGAAGCAGUCCAUAGCAAUUGAUGACUGUACCUUCCACCAGUGUGUUCGUCUCAGUAAGUUUGACUCUGAGCGCAGCAUCAGCUUCAUCCCCCCUGAUGGAGAGUAUGAGCUCAUGAGAUAUCGCACCACUAAAGACAUCAUUCUUCCAUUCCGAGUUAUUCCUCUGGUCAGAGAGGUGGGUCGCACUAAACUGGAAGUUAAAGUGGUCAUCAAGUCUAACUUCAAACCCUCCCUGCUGGCUCAGAAGAUUGAGGUGCGAAUCCCAACACCCCUCAACACCAGCGGUGUGCAGGUGAUUUGCAUGAAGGGAAAAGCCAAAUAUAAGGCCAGUGAGAACGCCAUUGUUUGGAAGAUUAAACGUAUGGCUGGAAUGAAGGAAUCUCAGAUCAGUGCUGAGAUUGAGCUGCUGCCCACCAACGAUAAGAAGAAAUGGGCCAGGCCUCCCAUCUCUAUGAACUUUGAGGUUCCUUUUGCUCCAUCUGGCCUGAAGGUGCGCUACUUGAAGGUGUUUGAGUCGAAGCUCAACUACAGUGACCAUGACGUUAUUAAAUGGGUGCGGUACAUCGGCCGCUCUGGCAUCUAUGAAACCCGCUGCUGAAUUUCCACCCGACCAGGCAGCAAUCUGACCACUUUCCCUCCCAUCUAUCCUGUUAAGAAUGUUUUGUUUUUUUCUUUCCACCUCCCCCUACUUUGUCUUUGUUCUUCCCUCAACCCGUAUCACUUCUACCCCUCUCCCCAAUUAUCCCUUCUUAACUAGGUGUUGGAGAUGAAUUGACAUUGUUUAAAUAAAAAAAA